AUGUGGAAGGGCCACAAGACAUUCAGUGCAAUUAUAAGCGCACUGGAGGGCAAAGCGAUCGUUCACGGUGGGAACAGUACACUUCAGAAUGGCAACACUGAGAAUCAGUUUGAUCAGCACGAGAAAUAUCCUUUGUCCGUUCUCAGAGGACCCAAAGAACACAUGCCAUCUGACGUGGACCCAUUAACCAAAGAGAUUUAUCUCACACACGACGACUUCGUGUCAACAUUUAACAUGCCCUACAAUCAAUUCCGCACUUUGCCGCUCUGGAAGCAAAAGAACAUCAAGAAAUCUGUCGGAUUAUUUUAA